CAGAGCCCCUGAAGCUUCAGCUUUGACUUGAGCAUGUUACCGUCUCCUUCAUCUCGCCCCUGGAUAAUCAGCUAUAUGGAAGACAAUACGAUCUUCCUGAACAAACCCAUUCGGAGUGGAUGACAGUACUGUAGAAGGGAGGAAGGAACAGUCGAACAGGAAAGUUGUAGUUACUAGCUCUUGGUGGACAUUAUCUAAAUGACAAGGGCUGCUGUCACCACAACCAGCUCCGGUCCACAGACCUGUGUAGUGCCCAGCCUCGACACCAGUCUGCACCCACCCGUUGGCCCAGUGACUUCCUACUGACCCAACCCCAGCCUGCACCCACCUCUCAGGGGCCUCCUGCUGCCCCAAGCCCAGCCUGCACCCACCUCUCAGGGGCCUCCUGCUGCCCCAACCCCAGCCUGCACCCACCUCUCAGGGGCCUCCUGCUGCCCCAAGCCCAGCCUGCACCCACCUCUCAAGGGCCUCCUGCUGCCCCAACCCCAGCCUGCACCCACCUCUCAGGGGCCUCCUGCUGCCCCAACCCCAGCCUGCACCCACCUCUCAGGGGCCUCCUACUGCCCCAACCCCAGCCUGCGACCACCUCUCAGGGGCCUCCUACUGCCCCAACCCCAGCCUGCACCCACCUCUCAGGGGCCUCCUGCUGCCCCAACCCCAGAGGGAUGAACUGUGUUGGUGUCGCGGGCGGGAUCUGAAUCCGGCUCUCCCACGGGAGAAACCAACUUCUUAACCGUUGGCCCAAUAGGAAAUUCCCCUUUGACUGUGAGCCUGACUCACGUUCGAUACAUUGGCGCUAUGGAGGAAGAUAUACCACCCCUCUUAGAGCCAGACACCCUGACACCAGCCUGCCCCAACCUUAGCCGCAGACGGAUGUACAGGCUCUGUUCUACGGAACACAUACCACCCCUCCCAGACACCCAGCUCAAACCUGCACCCACCUCCCAGGACCCAGAGCCCCACUGCUGGCCAGGUCCGAGCCCCAGCCUUGGCCCCAGAGGGAUGGAAGGUGCCGACUUCAUGGAGCCCAUAUCCCCUAAGCCAAAUACCCAGACAGAGAACAGCAUCACUGACCCUGACACACUUGUCUUAAUCCACCCCCCACAGGGGCCAGUGGCCCCCCAUCGCCCCUGUCCCAGUCACAAACGGAUACAUGGUGUUGGUAUUGGUAUCAGUGUUGGCCCUAUGGAACCUAUACCCCCUCACUCAAAUACCCAGGCCAGUGUCACUGACCCUGACACACUUAACCUAAUCCAGGAGACGCGACAGAUUACCCAUAAAAAUGACACAGUGGAGGACAAUGUGACUGACUGUCACUGUGACACACAUGUCUUAAUGCUGGUCACCCAGGAUCCGGUGACAGGACUCUUAAACCACCACCACCACCACCACCAUGUUAGGACAGAGAAAGAGGACAUGGCCCAGUCAGAGGGACUAGAACCGGGCUAUCAUGAUGCUACACCACCACCUGUUGAUGCUUAUUGGGUCUUAUGUGAUAGCAUCACUAGUGUGACACAUGAUGGGACAGAGGGAGCUAGUUUAAAGCGCUCAGAGGAAAACAAUGACAGUCCUAACGAGUUGUGGCUGGACGCAUGCCAGUAUCAGACCCUGGCAGCUGAGGAUGGAGAGGGGGAAGAAGGGGCUAUUUUGGGUGGGGACGAGUGGGGCCUUUAUCCUAUCAGAGGCAGCGGGGUCACAGAAUGUCCGGACAACACAAAGGAGUCGGGUUCCCUACUGGGAACGGAGGCUGCUAUUGGUCAGGGAGGCUGUGAUUCGGAUCAGGGGUUGUCUGUGCCACCUUUUGAUAGGUCUGUGUCCACUGACAGCUGGUAUAGCACGUUCUCCGACUGGGCUGUCAUAGUCCCUGGAGGAGGACCGCGACCCGAAGACUUUACAGGAACAGCUGCACUCACACAGAAACAGGGACAGGCACAAGCAUAUCCACAGACACCCAUGGCCAUCCAACACCAGGCAGUGGAGCCCAGAGCCAGCCCAGAGAGCCCCAUCCUCGCUGGGCCAGAAGAGCUACUGGUAGUGGGUAGCCUCCAGGACAGGGAAGGGGAAGGGGAAGACACCCAGACAGAGGAGUCCCACAGUGGGUGUAUAUCAUCAGCAGGGCAGGGAGAUCAGGAACCUGUUGGAGAGCUGGUGAUCAUUGAGGAUGACUGCUCUGCCUAUCCCACAGAUAGCCACUCAACCCUGGGUUCAUUGUCUGACACACUGGCCUCUCCCACCACCAAACUCUACGGGCUGGUGAUCAAUACGACUGAGGCGGUGCUGGCUCCUCCGCCCAUAUCCUUUUCCUCAUCCGCCUCGGGCGCUGCGCCUGUGGGGAGAGAUGUGUUGGAAAUGGAAACAGACAUUGAUAUUAGCCACAAGAGAGACAGUUAUUUACUAGAGGACAGUGUUGGCAGAUUUCAGAACCAGCACCUUAGAGAUGCAGUGCAAAAUGUGACAGAAAACAGUCUCUCCCAGCUGGGCGGCUUGUUCAUUGAGGGGGAAGAUGAAGAGAGAAGUUAUGGGUCGGUGAGCGUCUCCGGUUACCCUUCCAGUAGCAAGGCACAUCAGGUGGAGCACCUGUGUGGCGACAAGAGACAUCAACAGUCAUUUAAGAAGUUUCAAUGUACCACAGACUCUGACAAGAACACAUACGUGCCGGCACACAGAGACACAACGUCCCGAGGCAUUAAGGCGGACAUACAUGUGUCCCCCAACACAGACAGGAAGGACCUCCAGGAGACGGAGGGGAAGAGGCCACAGUGGGGGAAUCCACCAUUUUUAAUGCCUGUUAUGCCUUUAGCUCCUCUUGGUCUCAGUGUGGGCCGAUCUCUCUUUUGCCGGACGAACAGCGCUUUGGAAGGGGAUACCGUCCAAGCCAGUCCUAAGAGAUCACUGCUCAAUGAGCAGCGAGGUCAGAGCUGUGGGUUUAUACAAUCUAAUGUGCCCCGACUGCCUGUUUUGCCCGCAUGUUUCCGAGGGAAGAUUGAUAAGAAGACACCUGUGGUAAACAAAGAGGAAAAACUGUUGUUGACGAAAACAAAGAGGAACACAGGUUCUAGAGAUACAACAUCAGAGGACAAGGACAAGUUGACCAUUUGCUCCGGUCAGAAUCUGAACAGGGACAUUCCGGCAUCGUCUUCGUCGAGUGAGGAAUCAACAGCAUCUUGGUCUCUUGACAGAAAGAAAACCAUCACAGUCCCACAUGAGGUCAGCUCCCUCGGUAAAGAACUCUCCAGCUAUAUCAUUGUGACCGGUGAUCACUUGAUGAUCUCAGAGAAGGAACGUGUUGCAUACUUCACUCUAGACCAGGAGAACCCUCUAGACUCCAGAACGUCCUUGUUGAAACAAAUACAAUCAGACAGAAAUAAAGAACCCAACCACUGUGUUACAGCAGACGUAAAGAAAGGCUCCAAGAUGCCUCAUAAAACCAGAACACACUCCAAGAAAGACAAGCCAGCUGUGGUUCACCAUCUGGCCCCCCCAACCUCCAAAACACAAGAGAACCUACCGCUCGAAUCUAACAUUAAAUGUGAUCCCCUAACAACACGCGAGGAUGGCGACGAUGGACCUGUGACUGUCAAAGAGACUAUCGUCAUAACAGAGAAUGUUAACACCAAAGGCCACGCCCACGGGAAGAAGAAGAAACACUCUGGGAAACACUCCCAGAAUGCAUCAGUGAAGAGCGAGGGGAUAGACUCCCUGGUUGAGGUGGAGAACAGGGCUAAGCAGAAGACUGCUACCAAUGGGAAAAUAGACACCUUUGUUGCCAAAUUUGGAGCCAAGGCUGGGAAAACCAAAGAUAAGACUAUAGCAGCUCUGCCUUGUAAGGACAGUGUUCAUUCAGACAGUGCUCAGAAACAACCUGGUGUGAAAUCUCUGGUUGACGCUUCUGUCAUCAGCCAAGGUGCCACAGUGAGUGACCCUUCCUCCAAGGUGCCCCAGUCUACCAUCCCCAUUGGCCAGCAGCCCAAUGAUGAUGUCAUCAAGCGUCGCCGUCUGUCUGAGGACAAGUUUGGUAAACACGAACCCAAGGCUGCUGUUGAGACGACUCGUAGGAAGGCCUACAGCGAUGUACUGAAACAGAGAACACAUCAUGCACCAAAAGAAGUGCCCAGAGUGGUGCAACGGAUCCAGGCCGUGCCUGUCAGUGGCGAUCCUCAGAGUCUCAGUCUAGGGUGUCAGUUCACGGCUGUCUUUACUGACUACACUGUCACCUGGACCAGAGAUGGGACAGUGUUGGCUGAGAUCAAGAGAAGUGCUGGAGAUGAGAGCAGAGUGUGUCUCACCAUCACCAAGGCCUCCAAUAAAGAUCUGGGGAAGUACCGCUGUAGUCUCCUCUGUUCCCAUGGCUCUGUCAUCCUGGACUACCUCCUCACCUACGAGGUGCUGAGUGACAUUGUCAUCCUGGCUAAUCCCCAGAAAAACAUCACAGCUGCUCCCACUGAGCUAGUAGGCGAAGAGGAGGAUGUGAAAUGUUCCUGUCUGUUGUUCAAAGAGGACUUCCUGUCAGAGCAGUAUUUUGAUAAGAACCAGCCAGCCAGUCUGGUGACAGAGAAGGAACACUUUGGAGAGGGUAUGCACCGAAGGGCCUUCCGGACCAGGCUCAAGGCUGGUAUGGUGCCUGUCUUCACCCAGGGCCACCACUGUGUGCUCAAGGUACACAAUGCUAUCAGCUACGGGACACAGAACAACGAGGAGUUGGUUCAGAAGAACUAUAACCUGGCCGUGGAGGAGUGCCAUGUUCAGAACACAGCAAGAGAGUACAUCAAGGUCUGGACAGCCGUGGCCCAGACACAGGAUGCCUUCGGAGAGGUUCCAGAGAUUAUACCAAUAUACCUGGUCCACCGUCCGUCUAACGACAUCCCGUAUGCCACCCUGGAAGAGGAGCUGAUGGGGGAGUUUGUCAAGUACUCUGUUCGGGACGGUAAGGAGAUCAACCUAAAGAGGAAUGACUCAGAGGCAGGACAGAAGUGUUGUACUUUCCAGCACUGGGUCUACCACAAGACUGAGGGUAACCUGCUCGUCACUGACAUGCAAGGAGUUGGCAUGAGAUUGACAGAUGUUGGAAUAGCCACGUGUAAGAAAGGAUACAAGGGGUUCAAGGGAAACUGUGCCACGUCAUUCAUUGAUCAGUUCAAAGCCUUGCAUCUGUGCAACAAGUACUGUGAGAUCCUUGGACUCAAGUCUUUACAGCCAAAACCCAAAAAGACUGUGGUCCCUAAACCCAAGCCAACUCAACCUGUCACAAAGACUAAAAAGACUAUCGGACCCACCCUGAAGAGCAAAUCCUGAUAGGAGGGGGCCUUUACAUUUGAAUAUUGUCUCAUUCAGAUAAUAGUCUAUUUUACAAGGGAGGCCUGAUAGUAGACCUAACAGAUUUGAUACUGGGGAAUAUCGCCCAAUGAAUAAACCUGAUCUACAAUACACGAGAACGUUACCCCGGAUACGGGGUUGUCUAUCUGGUGUAUAAAGAGACUGUUGGGUCAAUGGAAGUACGGCUGUAUGAAUAAAUGUACUGAAGAUGUCCUGAAGUGUUAUAGACGCCUGCCAGUACGCUUCAGUCAAUCUACCUAGAGAGGAUCUGCUGCUGUCAACCAUGAAUGGGCUUGUCUCAUUCAGUUGAAUAGGUUCUCCCAUAUAUUCCUCAUGCUGUGAUGAAGCUGUGAAGAUUAGAACGAAGAGGCAGCAUAAUCAGAGAUAAUAGGUUUCUACCAUCUUUGGUAGUGUUUCUCUCUUUGACGAGGUAGCAUAGCUAUAGGCUAUGUCGUUAGUGUUUCUCUCUUUGACGAGGUAGCAUAGCUAUAGGCUAUGUCGUUAGUGUUUCUCUCUUUGACGAGGUAGCAUAGCUAUAGGCUAUGUCGUUAGUGUUUCUCUCUUUGACGAGGUAGCAUAGCUAUAGGCUAUGUCGUUAGUGUUUCUCUCUUUGACGAGGUAGCAUAGCUAUAGGCUAUGUCGUUAGUGUUUCUCUCUUUGACGAGGUAGCAUAGCUAUAGGCUAUGUCGUUAGUGUUUCUCUCUUUGACGAGGUAGCAUAGCUAUAGGCUAUGUCGUUAGUGUUUCUCUCUUUGACGAGGUAGCAUAGCUAUAGGCUAUGUCGUUAGUGUUUCUCUCUUUGACGAGGUAGCAUAGCUAUAGGCUAUGUCGUUAGUGUUUCUCUCUUUGACGAGGUAGCAUAGCUAUAGGCUAUGUCGUUAGUGUUUCUCUCUUUGACGAGGUAGCAUAGCUAUAGGCAAUUUUAUGCAUUUUCUAUGAUGUACAUGAUGAGUGAAAAUAUAUAUUUAUAUAUUUGUGUUACAUGCGUUUGUUUUGUAUUGUCUUUUGUUGUUGUACGGUAACUAGAGGUUGCCAAUAGACAUAAUUUGAAAUGAUAAAUAACAGAUAUUUAAGAUGUACAGUAUCAAACUGAAAAGUAUAUGAUGGUACAUGUAAGGUACUGCAAUAGCAGCGAUGUGGUAGUAGCCUGCAGCACAGUUACAGUUUCAGUGACAGAAUAAUGAAGGACCAGUCAGAGUGAGAGUACACCACUUCGCCCCCUGAGAUCUCCUCCUCUUGACAUCUCAUAUGCCUGAUGACUGACGUGCUUGGCUCGGCCAGAAUGCCUCCAGCUAUGCUACCCCUGCAGUCUGCCUCAGAGCUGAAACGACUCAAUAUCGCCAUCUGCCGGUCUUUUGGGCUACCUCAGCGCUAGACUCCAGUAAAUAAUGUCUGCCAUGUCUGAGUAAUCGUCCAGCUGAGGUAUUCAUUCAUACUGUCUCUCCGAUUCAAUAUAAAACAAAUGAUCCACAUCACCAUAUGGAUAUUGGGUUAUAUGUAAUCGGAUAUUGCCUUUUCCAUUUUUAUUAGAGUGUAAUACUUAUCUGGAGCCUUGCUUGAUGUUUGAUAAGUUAGAUAUUAUCUUGUGAUGUUGGUGGUGCAGCACACUCAAGUGAAUGUAACUCAUGUAGGGCCCGACACCGAUUUAUAAAUGUAUGUUUUUCCUAAACACUUCUCAGUAUUUGGUAUUCAGACUUAAUUUAUUCAGUUGCCUCUGCCGGUGUGGCUACCUUACGCGCUCUGAAUAAAUGUCAUUCAACCACUGAAAACCAUCCCACUUUCUGGCCAACAGAUUUUCUAGUGAACUUUUAUUAAAUGGGGUUUUCAGUACAUGUAUCUUAAACCAUCCCUUUAAAUACAGAAUAUACUGUAGGAAUCAAUGAAAGACAGCCAUCUAUGUAUAUUUGUUUCUGUUUCAGCACCAACUGGUAGAUUUAAAAAUACUUUGAUCUUGUAGAUUAUUUAGGCACAUUUGGUGGUUAGGAAAUAGCCUAUGUACGAAUAAAAUAAAAUCACAGUUUGGAGGGCCUUUAUGCACAGAAUAUAUUAAUGAAUAACAAAUACAGUGUUUUGAUUCAUCCUGAAAGUUGUCAUAGUCAAGUUCAAUACAUGAAAUAUUGGAAGUUAGAAAAAAGUGUACAAUAAGGUUUGAACAAUAAAAUCCAUCCUAAUUCUCACUAA